AUGGGUGAAAUCGGCUCUGAUAGUGCAGCAAUUAAAAGAAUAAAGAAGGAGUAUGCACUACUUGAAAGCGACAAAGGCGACCAGAGAAAGAAGGAUUCGACAUCAAAGUACAUCAGGAUUGUUCCCUUUGUUUCUGGAGACUUGUUUACGUGGGAGGCAUACCUAACAGCGCCCGAGGAAAGCGUCUAUAAGGGAGGAAUUUUCAAACUCCUUAUAACAUUUUCUAACGAGUAUCCUUUCAAGCCUCCUAAGAUAACAUUCCAGACGCCCAUCUACCAUCCAAAUAUAAAUUCUUCUGGAAUGAUUUGUAUAGACAUCCUUGGGAAGGAAUGGUCUCCAGCGCUUACGCUGAAUAGCGUCUUGCUGUCUCUUCUCACCCUUCUCGACGAUCCAAAUGCAGAUGAUCCCUUGAGGCCGGAAGUUGCAGAUAUAUAUAAGACGAAUAAGGAGGAGUACAGAUUGAGGUGCCAGGAAUCUGCCAGAAAAGCCAUGGAGAACAAAAAAUAA